CCUGUAUGAAUGGACAGAGGUCAGCAUUUGCUCAGGAUGUCAUCAUCUGAAGAGAAAAGCACAAGUCCUCUUUUGCCUAAAGACUCUGAUCGAGGCAGUUCUGUCUCUUCAGAACUACAGGAUGAAUAUGAAGAACUGCUUCGUUAUGCUGUAGUUACUCCAAAGUUUCAGCCAAGUGUAUUACGACAGUCAAAUCACUCAGAGGAUCAUCAGAAAUCUUCAGAAAAAAGUCCAGUAAUGGACGGACACAGGCCAGAAAAUGCUGGAAUAAAUUGGCGAAAACAUGGAAGAACUCCUGAUUUUGUGACAUCUACUCGGGCAACAAGAAUAGAAGUUUCAACAGAAGUAACAGAGCCAUCUCACAUGGAUAUGGAAGGACUUUGCCCAGUUGGUUCAGAAGAAAGUUCUUCUCAAGGGUCCUCGUCAAUUCAAAGAGAUCUUCAGGAGUCACAUGUGACUGAUCUAAGCCUUUCAGAUGAAAGAGUGACCCAAAUUGAGAGCAUACUUGAUCUCUGGAGUGGAAGUCUUAAGACCAAUGUUCUUACUGAACUAAGGAAAUGGAAACUUCAUUUUAUUGAACAUCACACACUUGAAAUGAGACAAGAAAAAGAAAGACAUGCGGCACAUGUGAGACAAUUGAUGAAUCAAAUGGAGAACCUGAAGGAGCUGCUACAUACAUACGAGAUUUCAAUAGGGAGGAAGGAUGAAGUAAUUGCCAAUUUGACACAUGCAAUUGAGAAACAGAAGGACAGGAUAGAGCUCAUGAAGAAAUUCACAAAGUGGCGACUUCAGCAUUUCGUAGGCAGACAAGAAGCUAGACAGGAGGUAUAUACAAAGAGGCUGGCUGAUCGCUUAUAUGAAAUGGGCUUGCUGAAGAAAGCAUGGAUGACUUGGCGUUCUCACAUUCAUAGAAAAUGGAGAGACACUAUCGAAAGAGCUUAUCAAUCAAGUGCCGAAUCUGUGCGUGUUGAACUAUCCAAUGACUAUGAAACUAAACUUCAAGAGUUGAAUGCUGCACUGGAGGAGGCCAGAGCUGAGAUCAUAGAAUUGCAGAACAAAAAGCAUGAUUAUGAAGAUACCUUGAAGAAGGCUUUCAUGCGUGGUGUCUGUGCUCUGAAUCUGGAAGCAAUGACAAUAUUUCAGGGCAAAGAAUUCAAAUUUGACCAUGUUGAACUGUCAGAUAAGAGAGGAGAAUCUAGUGCUGGCACUGGUGGCCCAACAGCAAAACUCCCUCCAUCUCAAUUUGAUCCACCUUUACCACCAUCCAGCUCACCUCGACCACCUCCUCCACCUCCUCCGCCUCCAACAGCAGCUCCUGUUACUGCACACGUAGAAGAUCUAUUCUCUUCUCAUCAGGGCCAUGCAGUUACCCCUCAGACCAGACUAGACUCAGCUGCUGCCUUAAUAGCUCCUGGUUCUGCUGCAGGGUCAGGCACUGUGCCCAUUCCAAAAGCGCCCAUGACGAGGGUUGUGACAUCAGCGCAGCAGAAGGCUGGAAGAACGAUCACUGCUAGAAUCACCGGCCGAUCUGAUUUUGCACCAAAGAAUCGAAUUUAUAGUAACCUGGAUGUGUUGGGAGUUUCUCCUCCCAUGAAUUCUGUUGUUGUGGAAAAACAUCAUCCAGUCACUCAACAGACCAUCUCUCAAGCUACUGCUGCAAAGUAUCCUCGAACUUUGCGCCAGUUUCCUAGUGGUAUCAACCAGAGACCUCCAGGACACAGUGGGAAGACUCAUACCCAGAUCCUCAGCAACAUCCAUUCAAUAAAGGUUGUUGAAUAGGUGUGAAAGUUAAAUGCUUGUAUUUUACUGUAAGCACAUGGCGAAAAUUUUCCAGGUUAUAGUUUUAAAUCUUUCCCAAAAUUUGCAGAUUUAUAAAGCAAGUCCUCAAUGAUGCAUCAUGUUUUUUCCCCUUUCAGUAAUAACUUUACAGAUGUAAAAAUGUUUCAAGAUAUAAAAAGUAAGCCACCCAAACAGGUGCAAUGUAGUUCUGUGUAACUGCAGAUAAGGUAUACUUGAAAUUCUUAUUUCCUUAACAUAUUUUAUUAAAUAUGAUUAUUUAAUGUUUUUAAUAAAAAAGAAUGAACUGAACUUCUUGUAUUCUAAUAAGCAUGAAUGUUCCUAUCACAUAAACUAUGACAAUGGCUCUUUUGUAUCUUUUUUUUUAAUGAAUCAAUUGUUGAUAUAGCAAUCAGACUUGAAAUUCAGAAAUUAUGUUGCCUUUCUCAUAAUGUAUCAAAUUAAGACCACUACAAAGAAGUUGGGCCAAAUACAAUAUGAAAUAAUUUGCUGGCCAUCAGAAGUAUUAACGUAUGUAUUCAGUAAAUAUGGAUGAAUAAAAUUAAUGCCACUA